AUGGAUACAAAGGAGGUGUUACUCUUAGUCAAGGCUAAAGCUCUCCAAGAAAAGGAAGACUACAGGCAGGCCUUGGAGAUAGUUCACGGUGUUAUCUCACUCCACAGUGAAGAAGACAAGCACAACAUAGUGCGUCUUUUACUCGAAGAAGCCACUAUAUUCUCGGGUCUCGCGAUGAAAAAAUCAGAGACCAAGGACAUGGAGGUCACCUACUUCUUGGGUGCUUUAGGAUGCUCCACACAAGAUGAUGAGAGGACAACGAUGCAAAGCACAUGCGUCCUUCGCCUAUUGGGUAACUCUCUUGGAUCAGUGCUCUAUCUCAAGAAAUGCAUUCGCGGUGGUGUAAAGGUUUUAGCUGCUUCUCACUCACUCGAGGCCAAAGAUAAGGAAAAGUUUGAGAGAAUCAUCAAAGAGGCUGAGUGGAGGGUCAAGUUAUCCGGGUCUAAUCAGACUAUAGUAAACUACUACAGGCCGAGACCUAUUGAGUCGGAGGAGGGUCAAGAGCCGCCGCGGGUUGAGGGUAGGGUUGGUGUGUUGAGGUCGUUUUGGAAGGGGUUAGAUGUUAAUGUCAAGAGAGGUUUUAUGAAUGUAAGCAUUGAGAAGCUUAGAGGUUUUGUUAAGGGUGUGCAUAAAAAAGAGAGACUAGAUGUUUUUGAAGACGUUCUUGGUAUUGCGAGGGAACACAAGUCAUGGACAGUAUGGGUGUGUCGAACUAAAUGUGAUAAGGUGUGUUUUAGUGUUGAGGAUUGCAAGACUCAUCUUGAAGAGAAACAUGAUGUAGAUUUUAAAACUUCUUUGGAUAUGGUCAAGAGGGUAGGGAGAAACUGGGUUGAUAAGGUACAGAAUGGGCCUUGGAAACCUCUGGAUACAGUCGCUGCCGUUGAAAUGAUCAAAACUCAGCUCGCAGAUGUAAAAGCUUUUACAACUAGAUCUAGGAAAAAGGGAUGGUCAGACCAAUGGCCUUUAGCUGAGGAUGAAGAGCGGAGUGGUUUACUCAAGGAAAUAAAAUUACUCCUUGUGUUGCUCUGUCAGCAUCAGAUUCUCUCUUUCAGCAUUCGAGACUGGGUGAUGAGUUUUCCGGUUAAGCAACUUCGGGAACUUGAAGUUUCAGAAGAGAGUAUUAAGGAGUGUCACCUAGUGGAAACACCACAGAGCAUCUGUUUUCUGGAACGUGAUGAGCUCAGUCACAUCAGAGACUUUCUAAAGAAGAUCAAGUGUGAAAGGCAUGAUGGUACAGAUCAUGUUUGCAAGGCAGUGGACAGUCUGUUGGAACGUAUUGGAAUUAAAGAAAGUCUCGAAUUUGACGAGGAGUUUUCAUUGCUGCUUUUGGAUAAAAGACUGUUGAAAAGAAAUAAUGCUCCAUCUGAUGCCAACGCACAGGCUCAGGGAGAUGGUAUGAUAUCCUGGUUAGUUGACUACUCUUCAGCGGAUAAGAGCUUUCCAAAACCUAUCAGGGAACACAAUCUCGAUAUAUGGGUGGCUGUUCUGAGGGCUCUUCAGUACACAUGUAGAGCUUUGGUAACCAAAUAUGAAAAGAAAAAGCAGGUGUUAGAUUACGAAGCAGCUCUUACUGACGUGGAGACCUUGUGUAUGCAUGAAGAUCAAAGGAACAGCUAUGAAUCUCUUCUCCGAAAGAGAUCCGAAGAGAGAGCCACUGAAAGUUUAGUCACUUCAGCACUAUUCUUGUGUGCAGUACGAGAUGUUUUACACGAAGAUGGAGCAGCUAUGCAUUCUACAUAUGAUCUUCCCUUCUUACUAGUUUGCAUGAAUCUUAUACGCAAGCCUAAAAGUCUCAGCAAUGAUACAGUGUUGAAGUCCAUUGACGUUCUGAAAUCAAUGGUCACCGAAAAGGUUCUGCUAAUCGAUGCAAAGAUAUUGCUGAUUGAUAAUUCAAGGAUUAGUCUGCUAAACAACCUCACAAGGCUUUCUGCUUUUGACAACCGCUCUUAUAUGUUUCAUUUUCUGAAACCUUUCUUGCUGGUAGAAGCAGAGCUUUUGCUCAAAGAGGGGAAGAAGUCACUCAAAGGGGAGAAGAAGUCACUGGCCGAAAAGACGCAAAAAGAGAAAAGCAUUAAGACAACUUCAAAGAGCAUGGCUAAGCCUGUUGAUAAGACUGCUAAACAAAAAACUUCUGUCAUACUUGAACCGCAAGAAGGUUCUAAGAAAACCUUCUACCGAGCCGGCAGGUACAUCUCAAUCACCAAAACAGGUGGAAGAAGAUUCCAUGGAGCCAAAAGAUACUCUAGGAAGUGA